GUAUUUUUUUUUUUCUUGAAUAUUCAGCAUCUUCUCCACUUAAUCACCUCGUUUUUGUUUAUACAAAUGGAUGGACCAAAUAUAAGACAUGGUGAAUUCUCUGAAGAGGAAGAUAAGAUCAUUUGCAGCUUGUAUGCUAGCAUUGGUAGCAGAUGGUCGUUAAUAGCAGCACAGCUACCAGGAAGGACUGACAAUGACAUCGAGAAUUACUGGAACACCAAACUGAAGAAGAAGAUUUUAACUUAUUUUCAAGAAAAAACAUCUUUUUUUCCAUCUAUACCCUUUCAACAACGACCACCAUCAAAUGAUCAUCUUACAUCUCACCAGUUCUUGAACAUUUUGUCCGACACCUCUUAUAACAACGAGCAUGUGCCGCCUUCUCUGGGAUUGAUGGCAAUGGCACGACUCCCGCUUUCAGAUACGCUCAACGACAUCUCUUACAACAACGAGCAAGCGAACUAUGUGGGAUCAGUGGCGUACCAGCAGCAACGUGAGGACGUUGACCAUCUACGUGAGGACGUUGGCUGGCUGAAGCAUGUGAUGGGUUGGGUAGCCGAGGAGUUGCAGGAGCGACGACAACGUGAUGGGUUACUUCCACGACCCUACAUUCCGCCUGCAGCAUGGCAUCAGAAUUAUCAGCAGCAGCAACAGCAGCAUCAGCAUCAGCAGGAUGAUCCGUCGCCAUAGUAUUUUAUCUUCUUCGAUGUAUUUAGUACUUAGUUAUAUUAUAUCUUUUGUUAUGUAUGUAAACACUUAUGUUGUAUGUAUCAAACUUAGACAAAUAUAUCAUAUUAAGCCGUAUUGAAACAA